AUGGCGUUGUACUAUGAUGAUGGUACACCGUAUGUUUUAUUGGGAGGACAUAGAAUACAAUUAGAAAGAGAGCCAUUUACGGAAGAGUAUUAUGUUGAAAAAGCGGAAAAGGAACUAAGAGAGACGCCGGAAAAUGUAGAAAAAGGGCUUAGGGAGUUACGUGAACUAUUAAAAGGAGAAUUAGACCUGGUUGUACCAAUGGAAGAUGAUGUGUUCCUGAUGAAGUUUUUGAGACCAUGCAAGUUCUACGCCGAAAGUGCUUUUAAAAGGAUAAAAGCCUAUUACAAAUUCCGUUUGUCAUAUGCGAACUAUUGCAAGGAUCUCACUCCGAGAGCCACUCAGGCUGCAUUCCAGAACUCCAUUGUUUCCAUGCUGUCCCCCAGAGACCAGCAAGGCCGUCGCCUACUGUUCGUGGAAUCUGGAGAACGUUGGAAGCCAAGUGUAAUACCACUUUCUGAAGUGUUCCGUGGGGUACAGAUAGCUUUGGAGUCCGCACUGGAGGAGCCCCGGACCCAAGUAAGCGGUGUCAACGUUGCAGUAAACUUAAAAGGACUCUCGCUGUCGCACAUUAUGCAUUUCACGCCAUCUUUUGCCAAAAUGAUAGUGGAUUGGAUACAGGAUUGCAUACCGGUCCGUCUAAAAGGAGUGCACAUUAUAAAUCAACCAUACAUCUUCAAUAUGUUAUUUGCACUUUUCAAACCAUUUCUAAGUACGAAGUUACGCUCGCGGAUACAUUUCCACGGAUCUGACACAACUUUGCUGCUUAAAGACGUAGAUGCCUCGCAACUGGUAGAGAGGUGUGGUGGAACCCUUCCGGAAAAUGAGGAAACUGGAGAUAUAAUGUGGAAAAUGCUUUGUCACUAUGAAGAGGAUUUUAAAACCAAAAUAUGUCAUGGUUAUGUCAACAACAACAACAAAUGUUGA